AUGUCUUUCAUGCGAACACUUUCUCGCUCCUCUUUUGGUUUACCAAAGAUAACUAAGAGUAAUCCUUUUCCAAGACAAGUUUUACCGGUCACAUAUGCCGGCGGCGUUAGAUAUUACGCUGCGAGGCCAAAGACUCUUAAAGAGCGCAUUGAGGAAUUGAUUCCCGAAAAACAGGAAGAAAUCAAACUUGUAAAGAAAGAACAUGGCACAAAAAGUAUGGGAAAUAUUACAGUCGAUAUGAUCUAUGGUGGUAUGAGAGGUAUUAAGGGUUUAGUUUGGGAAGGAUCAGUUUUGGAUCCCGAGGAAGGUAUUGAAUUUCGUAACCUUAGAAUUAGCGAUUGUCGAGAAAAACUUCCAAGAUCGAAAGGCGGUGAGGAACCUCUACCAGAAGGUCUCUUCUGGCUAUUAGUAACUGGUGAAAUUCCUACCGAAGAACAGGUUCAAGCUCUUUCAGCUGACUGGGCCGCUCGCUCAACAAUCCCAUCAUUUGUUGAAGAGCUUAUUGACAGAUGUCCGAAUACCUUACACCCAAUGUCUCAAUUUUCAUUAGCGGUGACCGCAUUACAGCAUGAUUCAAAUUUUGCCAAAGCAUACCAAGCUGGUGUCGAAAAAAAAUCCUAUUGGCAAUAUGUGUAUGAGGAUUCCAUGGACUUGAUUUCCAAGUUACCCAACAUUGUCGGUAGAAUUUAUAGAAAUGUUUAUAAGGAUGGAAAGGUACCUUCUAUUGAACCCAACAAAGAUUAUUCCUAUAAUUUGGCCAAAGUUCUUGGGUUCGAAGACAAUAAGGACUUUGUGGAAUUGUUGCGACUUUACCUCACAAUUCAUUCUGAUCACGAAGGAGGGAACGUGUCAGCCCACACAACGAGACUUGUGUCAAGUGCCUUAUCCGAUCCUUAUCUUUCAUUUUCUGCGGCCCUGAAUGGAUUAGCCGGCCCUUUGCACGGUCUCGCCAAUCAAGAAGUAGUUCGCUGGAUUUUCAAUUUGAGAGAUUCUGUUGGUGAAUCGCCAAGCGAUGAAGUUGUUAGAGAAUAUGUUUGGAACACACUCAAAUCUGGUAAAGUAGUGCCGGGCUACGGACACGCAGUUCUUCGCAAAACGGAUCCGCGUUACAUGGCACAACGUGAUUUUGCAUUGAAACACCUGCCCAAUGACCCGCUUUUCAAACUCGUAUCACAGCUCUACACUAUUGUGCCCGAAGUAUUACUUGAACAUGGCAAAACAAAAAAUCCAUGGCCCAAUGUUGACGCUCAUUCUGGUGUAUUAUUACAAUACUACGGAUUGACCGAACAAAACUUCUACACAGUACUGUUUGGCGUUUCGAGAGCUUUAGGCGUUCUAGCUCAGUUAAUUUGGGAUCGAGCUUUGUGA